AUGAAAAGUAAUGAUGUAACUAAUAGUAGCAGUAAAGAGCAAAAAAAUGAGAAAAAAGAAAAAUUUUACGUGUUAGGAAUGUUUCCAUAUCCUAGUGGUAUGUUACAUAUGGGUCAUGUGAGAGUUUAUACUAUUAGUGAUACUAUUGCAAGGUUUAAAAAAAUGCUAGGAUAUGAGGUGAUUCACCCAAUGGGAUGGGACGCAUUUGGUCUUCCAGCAGAAAAUGCUGCAAUUGAACGCGGAAUUAAUCCUGCAGAAUGGACUAUCAGUAAUAUUGAAACUAUGAAAUCUCAACUAGGAAAAAUCCUUGCUGAUUUUGAUUGGGAAAGGGUUGGGUUUAUUAAAAUAUUUAUAUCCAAUUUGGCUUACCAAAAAGAAGCUAUAGUGAAUUGGGAUCCAAUUGAUCAAACAGUUUUGGCAAAUGAACAGGUAGAUUCUAAUGGAUUUUCUUGGAGAUCUGGAGCAAAAGUGGAGCAUCAACAUGUUAAACAAAUGCAAAGAAAUUGGAUUGGAAAAUCUGAAGGUGCAGAAUUUGAUUGUCCAGUUACGUCAAAUAUUCAACAAAAUUACUCAAAUUUUCAUAAAGAAACUAAAAUGAAUCCGAUUGAAACCCAAGAACAAACUACGGAUAUUUCCGAAGAUAAUGAACCAAUUUUUGACAAGGUGACUGGAAUUUAUAAUGAUGAAUUAAUUGAAAGUUCUAGUGAUUCAGAAGUAAACAAUGAUGAAGAAGAAGAUGAGGAUGGUGAGGACGAAAUAAUGGAAGACUCAACUUUCAAUAGAAGAGUUUAA